UAUUGCCCUCAUCUGGCUCAUUCUUCAGAAAAAUUGAAAAGAAAAACCGACGAGAUGCCGUGUAAGAGAAUUAGUUUGAGAAGUAAAAUCGUGUCUCCAAGUUCGUCAACAUCGAAUUGUUGGGAAUUAGUCUGACCCUAAAGCUGUGAACGAAGAGCGAAAGAGAAACUGAUUUCUUCUCUAAGGAAAAGAUUGACCCAGUAAUCUAUUUCCUUCAUCGAAGAUUUCCCCUGAUUUCGAGCCAAAAAUUCUGAAAUUUGGCGGUUUCUGCUAAAGGUAAUCUUGGUGGUGGAAAAGAGAGGGAUCAAUGCCGAAGGGUUUGAAGAGUAAAUGCCAGUCUACUUCUCAUCAGAUUUUGAAGGAAAAAGCAAAGAACCGAGUUAAUGACCUUCAAGGGAUAUUCACCAGCCUUCAAUCUGCAAGGAAGGAGAGUCGCACUUCUGACAUUGCUGUUCUUGAGGAGCAAGUGCAUCAGAUGCUCCGGGAGUGGAAUGCUGAGCUCACUGAACCAUCACCUGCCUCUUCAUUUGUUGAGGGCAGUCUUGGAUCAUUCUCGCAAGAUCUGGCCCGUCUACUAGAGCAAUGUGAUGAGCAAGAUGAUGCAACUAGUACAUUGGCUGAACCAAAGGCUGAGCCUGAUCUCCAUAGUGUUCUUGCCAGCAAUCCAUCUGAUUUUCAGCAGGAGCUCCAACAGCAUAGUUUUCCUGAAUUUGAAGAGUUCAAAGUCUCUACUCCUCUUCUACAGAAUUAUUCACUUUACAAAUCAGACACAGACAUAGCUACUCAAUCUAAUUGUCAAGAUUUCAAAUUAUAUCAAAACUUUAAGCACAACACAGUGGCAGGUAAGGAUGAUACGUCUACCUUGGAUUGCCAUAUAUUGGAUUCACAUGAAGAGUUCGACUAUGGGGUUCUUAUUGGGACGUAUGAUGCUGGAGACUUUAGCCAGGACACAAAGCCCAGCAUUCUCCCAAAUAUCUCACCCCCACCAUCUGCUUUUAUGGGGCCAAUAUGUGCUCUCUGGGACUGUUUCAGACCUGCUGAAGGAUCUAAAUGGUGUCAGGACUAUUGCAGUAGCUGUCAUUCUAUUCUUGCAAUAAAUGAAGGCCUUCCAGGAAUGACUCCAGUAUUGCGCCCUGGGGGCAUUGGUUUAAAGGAUGGUCCACUGUUUACUGCUCUUCGUGCAAAGACGCAAGCCAAAGAAGUUGGAAUACCUAUAUGUGAUGGUGCUGCAACAAGGAAAUCUCCAUGGAAUGCUCCUGAGCUUUUUGAUAUUUCAUUACUCAAGGGUGAAACAAUCAGGGAAUGGCUCUAUUUUGACAAGCCUAGACGGGCUUUUGAGAGUGGCAAUAGAAAGCAGAGGUCAUUGCCGGAUUAUAAAGGCCGUGGUUGGCAUGAAUCAAGGAAGCUGGUGAUGAAGGAAUUCGGUGGACAGAAGAAGUCCUAUUACAUGGAUCCACAGCCAUCAAGCUCUCUUGAAUGGCAUUUGUACGAAUAUGAUAUCAGCAAUUACGAUUCAUUUGCAUUAUAUAGGCUGGAACUCAAGCAUGCUGAUGCAAAGAAGAGUCCGAAGGGGAAACUGAUAGCUGAUCCUCUGGCUGAUCUGCAGAAGAAGAUGGGAAGGCUUACUGCAGAGGGGCCUGUUGAGCUUGGACAAUCAGUUAAAGGUACAACGAAGGCUAAUAUUAAGACCGAUACUGUAAAUAUAAACCUCGCUCCGCAUCAUCAGAACACGCCUUCAACUUCAGUAUACAAUCCUGGGAAAAAUGCAUAAUGUACUCAGCACACUAACUGAUCAACCGAUUCUUAAAAUGACACACAUAGGAGUCUUUCCUGCAGCUGUUUCUUUUUUUCCCUCUCCUUCGCAUGAUUAGUCAGUUUUAGUCUCAAAGUUGCUGCUUUAUGUUGAUAUAUUAUUCGACUCAUUGUCUGGUGAUCCAUGGCAUUUCAACCCCCUUUUUUUUGUAUAAGGGGAGAUUCUGAAUGCUGGUUAUUCUAGAGGGGUUCUUUGGAGUUUCAUUCAAUAUGCAGGGGAAUACCUGUUUCCAAGUUAUAGGAGCGAUGUAUAUGUUUGUGUUUAAUAGUCCGAGAGUCUGAAUGGUAACUGUAAGUCGCUAAAAUUGUAUAUCAGUCGACAUUUCAUGCUUUAGCUGUUUGCAUUAUUUGCACAUCAGAAACACUGAUAGCAUUUUGCA